GGGAGGAGAGCAACAUCCUCACAGCAGACAAAAGAGUUCUGGGUUUGUUUACCUUCUCUCGCACAGGGGCCACGGACCAGUUGGGAUUAUCAGACCGAUCAGAACCACUGGGAUCUAUCUCGCUGGGCUGCCUCUGGGUUCUAAUCCUCGGCGACGUGCAUGUUUUGCUCGGGUCGGACCUGUGGACCUUAUUCGGGCUCUCACUGAUAUUCUCGUUGUGACACGAUCCCAGCAGCUUGACAGCGGUUAUGCUCCGUCACUGACAUGAACCCUCCGACCAGACCACCGAACCGGUCCGAUGGCCCGACCGCAGUGACGGCCACGGAGGAGAGCCGAGGAGAUCCACCACGAGUCGGUGCCACCGGAGCCUCAGCGCAAACCUCCCGUUCGAACCACAGCAGCAGCAGGAGGGACACCGGCUCCAGCGGAGGAGGAGGAGGAGGAGGGGGAGGAGGAAGAAGAGGAGGAGGAAGAAGAGGAGGAGGUGAGCCUCUCUCUCCGGCUCGGUGCAGAGGCAGCUCCUCCGUGGACAGCCUGGACGUGUUUCAGAAGAGAUCUAUAUUCACCUUCCCUCGCCGCCACUCCAGUGGAUAUUUCUCCUUGGACAGCGAGUCUCAGCCGAGCUCCCCGCUGUCCCCGCUGUCCCCGGGGGGACAGGGGACGGACACGGUUGACAGAUCCACGCAGACCCCGUCCACCAGCGGCCAAGCCAUGAACCACGUCCUGCAGCGCAUGGCUGAGGCGCACGGAGGAGCACCGGAGCUGGGGCCGCUUUGUGGAAGCUCUUGCCGCCCCUCUAGCAUGCUGCCACGAGGCGCAGCACAGGAGAUGCAGGAGGAGGCCGUCGGACAGGAGCUCCGACGAAUUGGAGAUGAUUAUAACAGACUCCUCCUGCUAAGGGGGGCGGCAGGCGGACGCAGACAUGUUGUCAUCCAUCCGAACCAGCUGCCGCACGUCCAGCAGGAGCCCGGCCUGCUGCUGUGCAUGGGCCUCCUGCUCCUUGUGAUCGGACGGCUCAUCUACAUGCAAGGGGGCAUGAACCUCCAGGACCACCCUCAGGUUUAGCCUCUGGAAAAACCCAGCAGACGUAACAUUUUCAGGAAUAUAUUUGUGUUUUUGGAUCUAUCGCAUCUUAAAUCUUCCUUGCGUUGUGGGUGACCUGAUUUUUUUUUUUACUCUCGGUGCUUUUCUGUUCCAACCGAGGGGGGAGACUUUUAAUUUUGACGGAGAUUACGUAUGAACACCUUUAUGGAACUCUGUAAUACGCUUGUAUUUUUGAUGUUGCGCCUGUGUUUUCCUUUAUGGUCUCUGAGGCCUCGCGAUGCUACCAAAGAGCCUGGAAUUUGCACUCCUCUCCUCCUGUCAUCUAAAUAUGCCUCUCUGCAAAACGACGCCUGCGGACAUUCAACUGUGCCUUGUACAGUUUCCUUUAGUCUUUGUUUUGUAGAUUACUUUAAGCUCUUUUUAUUUUUGUACAGUGAUGAUGUGUUCACAGGGAGAUCAACUAUGCAGACCCGGGGUUGUUAAAGUGCAUGGGUCCUGUUAACUGAAUAUUACCUUGGAAAAUGUUUAGGCAGGGAAAAACUCCUGUCACAUUAGUACCCAGGAUGCAACAGACUUGUGACCUGCACUGCAUGAAAAGCCGAAUUUUGCGCCUGCGAACUCACCUAAUUCCUGGCAGUUAGUGCCUGUUUACAGGAUGCGAAUUCCGGGUUCACCAGAAACUGGAACCCUGCAUCAAUUCCCGUCAGUUCCUGGCAGUGCAGCCUGCAGAUUCCUGUGAACAGCCGUUAACCUGAAAUUCCACCGAAAUUUGCAGCGACACAAACUGACACAAAUUCCUCUUUUCAUGCAGUGCUGUGAAGGAACCGACUGGGCCAACGCUUGCACUGUCAACUGUUCAUCAGUGUUUUCAGCCCCAGGAAAUGUAUUGUCUCACAUAAAACAUUAUGUUUUGGUGAAUUUUGUAGCAAAAAACGAUAUUUGGGACAUUAAAUAACUAAAUAAGGGAAAACAAACAAACCCUGGACUGAUCAGUACAUGUUAAUAAUAUCCAUCUUUACCCAAAAAUGAAAUGUUUGAAUGCUACUGUAAAUAUUUUACCUAAUCUAGAUUUGUAUUCCUUUAAAGGUACAUGAAUUGAGAAAGCAGAUGUGUCCGAAAUUAGUUUUCUGAACGUGCACAGUUGGAAAAUUGAUACAUGAAUAGUUUUAUCAACUUUUUCACCAGCAUUUCGUGCACAGCAGACAUCACAAGCAGAUACUUUGUAAAUACCAACCGUAGAGUAUCUGAUACCAGUCUUCCUCUACACAGACCAGCCCCUGUUCCUGAAACCACUAGAGCCAUUUGGCACAUGACCCCCCCCUCACUGAAGUCUAAAACUGAGAAGAUUUCUAAGAAUUUCCAAACCACUUUCAUCACCAGAUACAAUGUGAUCGUGUUUAUAGAUUCGUAUAAAGUCCCAAACCAACAUUCAGAGGCUUCACUUUCUUUGCUCUGGUUUUGUUUGGCGUCAAAACAAAGAUUUAGCACCUUGAUUAUCCAGAGCAAGAAAAGAUUAGUUCACUUAUUAAUACAGUGAUACUAUUUUAAACCGUUUAAAUCCUUUAAAGCGUUUAAUUGUGUCAUGACUCAAGGUCACGUUUACUCACCUCCCGCCCCUCUGCAUUCACAAACCUUCAUUUGACAUCGUUUUAACAUCUUCCACAAUAAGUGACCGAACCAGUCCUGUUCCUGUUCUUAGUCUCAGCCGCUGGAUUGGUCAUUAGUGGCUCCACUGAGAGUAGCAGGCGUGUACUGGUUUGUUGACAAGGUCACGUUAUCCGUUUAUUAGCACAGUGAGUCAGACGCAGGCCAAGUCUCCUCACUCCUGCCAGGUCAUUAAACACUCACCAGAGAGAUUUCUGGACAGAAACCAAACACUGGAUAACAGAGUGAAAUAGGGUUUUGUUACUGACUGGUUAUCUAACAGUAACAACAAACACUGAUAAUACUUUUUCUUUUCUUUGUAUAUAUGAAAAGAUAUCAGAUAAUCCAUGUCCUGGCUUCUGAUUACUAAAAUGCACAUUAGGAGUUACAGCUGAUUCAAUAAACAGCUUGUGAAAGUCUGAAAACCCUUAAAUGCAUAAAUCCAAAAUAUGAAAUGCCGUUUAAAAUGUGUCAUUGCCCUGAACAAGACUUAUGCAAGAGAAAUUUGACCAAAGCACCUUAUGUCAUCAAGAGAUCGUACGUGUGUCGUGUGUUUUGUCUCUUUCACGUAGGUGAGGAAGCCAACUUGUAAAAUCAAACACUUGAGAUAAAGUGUUAAUCUUUAAUGUGAUCUCCUCUGUCCUCGAGAACAAACGUAUUUUAAAGAGUCAUUUUUGCUGCGUUCACGUACGUUAAGAGUUCAGACAGAAGCGUCCGUUCGUUUUCUGUCAAACGUUGAGCAUAAAUGAGGCUUAAAUGUCCAGUGAUGAAAGUGACCAAAGAGAUUUAUGUAAAACUACCGGGUUUUUUAUUUUUGGGCUGUUGUUGAUGGUACCAGUGAAAUAUUCUGUUGUUUUGAUCUGUAUCAGUAAAUCACCAAAUCACAUCAGCCGCAGUUUGACUGGAAUAAAAAUGGAAAUGCAAUUUGUUUUAUGUUUGGCGAGAUCAACCAUCACUGUCACUGAAACAAAGCAAUUUGACCGAGAUCUGAAUAAGGAGAUUUUCAGGAAUCCCACUUAAUGCAUUUAAAAGCUUUGCUCCUCAGUCGGACUUAAUCCGUUUCAAAUGAAAGUGUUGGUUGUUAUUUGUGUCACGUGUGUUGAAUUAAUGUGAGGUCAUCCAGACCGGCAGCAAAUCAGAGCAGCAGCAGACGUUUGUUGUAAAACAUUCAAUAACCAAAGUCCAUGAGUCAUCUUGGAUGUUUGUACAGUUCUGUCAACACCGAUUCAUAACAGAUUAAGUGUGAUCCGACUUUCAUCGUUUCUUAAACUCUCAUUACACAUCACCGGAGAUCUGCAAUCACAUGUUUUAAUGGUUAAAUCAGCUGCUCAGCUUCGAAGCUUCUAUUUCAAACUUCCUUCAAUGCAUCAGGUUCUCUGUCCAGCUGCAGGCAUGACGUAUCAUGAACGGAUUAGACGUCCAAGUGCACCAACUGAAUAUAGCACCAAAGUAUAAGAAUCUGAUUGGCAAUAACAAAUAUUGUUUGACGUCAUACGAUCACAAAUGGCCUCUAAAAUCCACAAAGAGACGCUAAACGUCCACAAAGAGAAUCAAACCGAGCGUGAUGACGAGUCUAGGAAACACAAAGAGAUGAGAAAUGACCAUGAACCUGAUCCUGUUAAGAUGUUAAUAGUAUUUGAUCAUAUCUGUGUCCUUGAACCUGUCAUCUCAUAAUCUGUCCAUGGCUGUCAACUGGUUUUAGGAGUAGCUUUUAUAUAAUUAUCAAUAUUUCAGAUUAGUACAUUGUGAGAUUUUUUAUGAAGAAGAGCCAGUUCUAUUGGUGGCCAGCAAACGGUGAGGUACCGACAAAAAAGUUAGACUGUUAAAAGUUGUAAACUUAAACUACACUUCUUGUGUCCUUACUCUUUAUUGUCUGGAGAUGCAAACGUCUCACUCUCGUCUCCCCC